CCAGUCUCUUCAGAAAGGCUCAGUCCCCAGUUUCAGUCAGAACUAGGGACCAUGCCGUCCCAGGUUCAAGGAUAAAAACCAUCGGGUGCCAUCCAGAUUCCAUCUCCAGAGUCUUCCUCCACAAAUUGGUAUUCAUCCCUGCUGAAAAGCACAGCCUAACAGCAAGGGAACAAAAACCAUGCUAUCACAUAAUACCAUGGUGAAGCAGAAGAAACAGCAAGCAUCAGACAUCAUGAAGGAAAUCCAUGGAAAUGAUGUAGAUGGCAUGAACCUGGGCAAAAAGGUCAGCAUCCCCAGAGACAUCAUGUUGGAAGAAUUAUCCCAUCUUAGUAAUCGUGGUGCCAGACUAUUUAAGAUGCGUCAAAGAAGAUCUGACAAAUACACAUUUGAAAAUUUCCACUAUGAAACUAAAGCACAAAUUAAUCACAAUAUUGCUAUGCAGAAUGGGAAACUGGAUGAAAGCAAUUUAGAGGGUGGUUCACAGCAAGCCCCGUUGACUCCUCCGAACACCCCGGAUCCACGAAGCCCUCCGAAUCCAGACAACAUUGCUCCAGGAUAUUCUGGACCACUGAAGGAAAUUCCUCCUGAAAAAUUCAACACCACAGCUGUCCCUAAGUACUAUCAGUCUCCCUGGGAACAGGCCAUUAGCAGUGAUCCAGAGCUUUUAGAGGCUUUAUACCCUAAACUUUUCCAGCCUGAAGGAAAGGCAGAACUGCCUGAUUACAGGAGCUUUAACAGAGUUGCCACCCCAUUUGGAGGUUUUGAAAAAGCAUCAAAAAUGGUUAAAUUCAAAGUUCCAGAUUUUGAGCUACUACUGUUAACAGAUCCCAGGUUCAUGGCCUUUGCCAAUCCUCUUUCUGGCAGACGGUCCUUUAAUAGGACUCCUAAGGGAUGGAUAUCUGAGAAUAUUCCUAUAGUGAUAACAACUGAACCUACAGAGGAUACCACUGUACCAGAAUCAGAAGACCUAUGAAAAGAAAGUUGUAUGUGCCACAGAAACCUCUGAAUAUAAAAGUUGCUGUUUUAUUACUCUACUUACUUGCAAAGCCACUUACGUUCAUUAUUAGUAGCAAUCAUUUAACAGCAAUUUAGCAAUUUUCCUUUUAUAGCAUUUCAUUUCAUUCUCAGAUCAAACACUAAUAAGCAAUUAAAAAUCUUAUUUUAAAAAACCUUAA